AUGCGCUCCGCAGCAGCUUUCACUCUCGCCCUCUCGGCUCUUUCCUUCCAGUCCGUCUCCGCCAGCGUCGUUGCUGGAGCUGUCACGUCAGCUGGAUGUUUCGACAGCUCCAGUGGUCUCACUCAAUCAGACACAUACAACUAUCAGUCAAAGGGCCACUGUCAGCAGCUAUGCGUCAAGGCCAAUGCCGUCGUUAUGGCCAUGUCCAACGGCAAUGAAUGUUGGUGUGGCAACACCCUGCCACCAAAGAGCAGCUUGCAGAGCGACUCGGAGUGCAGCACCACCUGCGUCGGAUACCCCUCGGACAUGUGUGGUGGUAACGGUGUUUGGAGCGUCUACUACACAAGUUCCGAUACUGAUGUCGACAACUACGGCGGUGGCUCCUCAUCUGGCUCUUCGUCAAGCUCGGCCAAGUCGUCUGCUGCCGCCUCAUCAUCCACCACUGCAGCCGCCUCGUCAGUAACAAGCGCAACAUCCGCAUCCGCUGCAUCGGACAAGGCAACUGUCAUCACCAGCAUUGCUCCUGGCAAGACUGUCAUCAUCACACAAGCUCCCGCUUCCCAGGCCACAACCACUGCCCCUGACGCCGAAAAGUCUCACAAGGGUGGCUCCAACACUGCCGGAAUUGCCGCUGGUGUUGUCGUCGGUAUCGUUGUUCUUGCUGCUCUUAUCGGUGCCGCCUUCUUCUUCUGGCGCCGCAAGCAACGCCGUGAUGCAGAGACUGGCCACCAACAGCUCAACGACUACUCAGGCUCUUCCAAACCUAUGGCUUUCAGACCUGCCGCAGGUCCGGAUUCACGCAUCGACCCCGAAGCCAUGGCCCAAAGAAGAAUGAGUGAUGGUAGCAUUGCCGAUAACGAAGACUACUCGAGGAGGAUAUUGAAGGUCACCAACGCUUAG